AUGCCCCUUCCCUCCACACCCCUCCCCUCCUCAACGCCCUCCCUGCCACCGCCGCUGACAAAGUCAUCAAUGUUCCUUGGCUUGAAGAGCUUGGCGUCGUCGAGCUCCAAUGGAAGGUCCAAAGCUCUGAUGCCUCCAUCCUGUAAAUCUCUACCUCUCGAUCUUUACGAUCUCCCUGUGGAUGCCAGCCGCCGGGGACGAGGAGGAGGAGGAGGCGGCGGGGAGGAGGCGGCGGCGGCGUCGGGAGGAGCCGGUUCCGAGCUUCGGCGGAGCUCGAGGGCGCGCCGAGCUCCGGUGUUGCUGGACGCGUCGCCUCCGCCCCCGAAGAAGAGGCGGAAGCUCGGCAAGAAGGGGAGAUUGAGGGGUGAGAAGAAUGCGAGGGCGUUGUCUCGACCGGUGAAGGAGGAUGAGUCGGAGAAUUGGGAAGAGGAAGAGACUCCGGGGACUUGGAGGUCGAGGCUGAGAUCCAGGAGGAGAGUCGGCUUUGGGCGAAACAAGGAGAGAAAUUCUCCCAGGAGAAAGCUUUUUGUGGAAAUGGAUGCGGUAGAAAAGGAAUGUGAGAGGAUAGAGGGAGUUUUGACGGAGGGGAAAGUUGAAAUGGUUGACGAGAUAGAGGAACCGGAAGUUGAGCGCCUACCAAAGGUAAAAUUCAAGAGAAAGCGGAAGUUUAGCAUGGCAGGUGCUUCUAGGACCAGAGAUAUAGCCCUAGUUUCUGAGAAGAUGGAUGGCACCCGGGAUAAUGAAACAAGGGACGAAGGGAAUGACUGUGGAGAAGUAAUGAUGCCUUUAGAAGAUGAAAUGCUUGAUAUCCGUGAGGAUGACAAAGCAGAUGUUAGUGCCAAGGACUUGGUUGUGGAAAAACCGGAAGAGCUGUCUGAUGGUAAUCAAGCAGAGGGAGAUCGUGCUGUCAAUGACUGCGUAACAGUUACUGAUGAUGUUGAACAAGGGGAGUGCAUGGACGAAUCUGUAAUGGUUGAUUUGAAUGAGGUGGUUGCUGACUUAUCAAUCAAUGACGUAAGAGGAGGCCCCCAUGACGGUGAAAAUGCGAAUUUGGUCAAGCCUGAUGAGAGGCUUAUGGAAGGUGGAGGGAACACGAAAGAGGAUAAAAUUACCUCUCAGUAUUCUGGUGAAAGGCCCAUGCAUUCACGGAUCAAAGAGGGAAGACGGUGUGGAUUAUGUGGAGGUGGUACUGAUGGUAAGCCUCCAAAGAGGUUAACACAUGAAAUAGGUGAAAGCGAAAAUGAGGCAUCCAACGGCUCUUCAGCGUCUGAUGAACCAAACUAUGACAUAUGGGAUGGUUUUGCCGAUGAACCAGGGUGGCUUGGACGUCUUUUAGGUCCCAUAAAUGAUCGAUAUGGCAUUGCUGGGACGUGGGUUCAUCAGCAGUGCGCUGUUUGGAGUCCAGAGUGUUUUCAGGUGUACUUUGCUGGUGUUGGAUGCUUGAAAAAUGUGAGGGCUGCGCUUUGUAGAGGAAGGGCACUGAAAUGCAGCCGCUGUGGAAGACCUGGAGCAACAAUUGGAUGCCGUGUUGAUCGGUGUCCCAAAACUUACCACUUGCCUUGUGCUCGAGCUGAUGGUUGCAUCUUUGAUCAUCGAAAAUUUCUCAUAGCUUGCAUUGAUCAUCGUCAUAUUUUCCAACCUUUUGGUAGUAAGAUGGCAGAUCGGAUAAAGAGAAUGAAAGCUAAGAAAAUGAAGAUGGAAUUCAGGAAGCUAUGUAAUGAUGCUUGGCGGAAGGAUAUUGAGACAGAAGAGAAAUGGUUGGAAAAUUGUGGUGAAGAUGAAGAAUUCUUGAGAAGAGAGAGCAAGAGGCUUCAACGAGAUUUGAUGAGAAUCUCGCCUGUCUACAUCGGAGGCACAGAUAAAGAGAGUCAAAAACUGUUUGCAGGUUGGGAAUCUGUUGCAGGCCUUCAAGAUGUCAUCAGAUGCAUGAAGGAGGUUGUCUUAUUACCCCUUCUGUAUCCUGAAUUCUUUGAUAACUUGGGCAUUACACCUCCUAGAGGAGUCCUUUUGCAUGGUUAUCCUGGAACGGGUAAAACUCUUGUAGUGCGUUCCUUAAUAGGUUCGUGUGCUCAAGGUGAUAAACGAAUAGCAUAUUUUGCCAGGAAAGGUGCAGAUUGCUUAGGAAAAUAUGUUGGUGAUGCUGAACGGCAGCUGAGGCUUUUGUUCCAUGUUGCUGAAAAAUGUCAACCUUCCAUAAUAUUCUUUGAUGAGAUAGAUGGAUUAGCACCAUGCCGCACAAAGCAGUCAGAUCAGACACAUAGUUCGGUAGUAUCAACUCUCCUUGCUUUAUUAGAUGGUUUAAAGUCUCGUGGCUCAGUUGUAGUUAUAGGUGCCACCAAUCGGCCUGAUGCUGUUGAUCCAGCACUUAGGCGCCCUGGGAGGUUUGACAGGGAAAUAUAUUUCCCAUUGCCAUCUUUAGAAGAUAGGGCUGCCAUUCUGUCACUUCACACUCAGAAGUGGCCAAAACCAGUUUCAGGUUCUUUGUUAAGGUGGAUUGCUGGAAAGACGGCUGGAUUUGCUGGUGCUGAUCUGCAGGCUCUGUGUACACAGGCUGCUAUUAUUGCUUUGAAGCGGAACUUUCCUUUACAAGAUGUCUUAUCCGCUGCUGGAAAGAAUUCUUGCAGUGAACGGGUACCUCUUCCUUCAUUUGCAGUUGAGGAGAGAGAUUGGUUGGAGGCUCUAUAUAGUUCCCCACCUCCAUGCUCUCGUAGAGAAGCAGGAAUAGCUGCUACCGACAUAGCAUCAUCCUCUCUUCCAUGCCACCUCAUCCCUUGCCUGCUACAGCCACUAUCUACGCUGCUUGUCUCUCUUUAUCUUGAUGAACAUGUUUCUUUGCCUCCUGCUCUUUCUGAAGCUGCGGCUGGAGUUAAAAACGUGAUAUUUUCUGCAUUGGAUAGAAAGAAAUUGCCUAAUCAUCUCUGGCGGUCUCAUUUGCAUUCUCUCAUACAAGAAGCUGAUGUUGGUGAGGAGAUUGAAAGACAACUUUCCUCGGCAGAUAUUGUUAUAGGCAAAUCUGCUUCUACUGGUUCUGAUGCUUUUGGUGUUGGAGAGAAUCAUGAAAAUAUGAACUCUGAAACUUCUGUGACCUACAACUGCAGCAGUCGUACUGGUUCAGUGAGGAAUGUGCCUUUCUCAUCGAGGAAAAAAUCUGGAUAUCGAGUUUUAAUUUCUGGAAGUCCUAGAUCUGGUCAGCGGCAUCUUGCUUCUUGCCUCCUUCACUGUUAUGUUGGGAAUGUUGAAGUCCAUAAGCUUGAUUUGGCUAUAGCUUCACUAGAAGGACAUGGAGAUGUGGUGCAAGGGCUAACGCAGAUAUUGAUGAAAUGUGCCAAUGUGGGUUCUAGUGUUGUAUUUAUGCCGAGGAUAGAUCUUUGGGCUGUGCAGAUGCAUCAGCAAGUUUCUGAUGACGAAGACAAUUCAACUACAUUUGAUGAUCAGUCACCAGUGAAGAAAACAAGCUGCUCCAUAGAUACUCAAGUACGCAAGACAAAAAUCACAUCUAAUAUGCAAAACAGCAACUCAACUGCAGGGGACGGAUGUCAAAGUUCUUCCCAGAGCCCCUCACAUGCCUGGAGCUCUUUUGCGGAGCAGGUCAAUGCAAUUUGUGUGAAUACAUCCCUGGUGAUUUUGGCUACUUCUGAUGUUCCUCAUGCUCAACUUCCCAGUGGAAUACAACAGUUCUUUGGCUGUGAUGUACAAGAUAGCAGUCAAUGUACCUCCUUGGAGCGCACUUUACCAAGAUUCACUUUGCAAAUUGAUGGCAGUAUGAAUUAUGACAUGGUGGUAAAUCGGUGUGCUGCAGAAUUGUCAAUGAUAGUUGCUCAGCAGUUUGUGCAGUUGUUUUAUCAAAAAGCUCACAAACACCCUAUUCUCAAUAAUGAAACUUCUGCUCCAACUGGAGAUAAAAAACAAACUCCAAAUAACAACCUAGAUCGUCCAUCAGAAGAGCUUGACCCUAGAACACAAAAUGCUGAUGAUUCUGUGCCAAGACCAUCUCCGCUUUUGAACAAGCGUAAUCUGAAGGGGAAAUCGAGUUUGAUGUUGGGGAUAUCAACACUUGGCUAUCAAAUACUCAGAUAUCCUCAUUUUGCUGAACUUUGUUGGGUUACCUCAAAGUUGAAAGAAGGCCCUGUUGCUGACAUAAGUGGACCUUGGAAGGGCUGGCCAUUUAAUUCCUGUAUUGCUCGCCCUAGUAACACAUUAGAGAAAAUGGCUGUUCCUUGUAAUCCUGACAACAUCAAAAGCAAAGAAGGAUCCCUUUUAGUCAGAGGGAUAGCAGCAGUUGGUUUGUUGGCAUACAGAGGGUUGUACACUUCAGCAAAAGAAGUUGCUUUUGAGAUUCGCAGGGUUCUUGAGCUCUUAGUAGGGCAGAUAAGUGUCAAGGUCCAGGCUGGGAAAGAUCGAUAUCAGUAUGUUCAACUUUUGUCCCAAGUUUCUUAUCUGGAAGAUAUUGUUAAUAGUUGGGCAUUUUCAUUUCAAAGUUUAGAGGUGGAUGCCCAAGUUACACAAGCAAACCCUGUUCUGUCAACCAUGGCAUCUUCAGCUAAUAAUCUUCAACUUGAGGAACAUCAGCCACCCAUCUCUGGCAGCAGUUCCCCUGAAGCCAGAGUUUUGGAAGAAACUCAGCGAGAUUCUGCUGCUGAAAAUGUUGAUCCAUCUGUGUGCAACAAAGAGAAUGGUGACUCUGGGCUUCAUGAUUUUAAAGAAAGAGUUGGACUUUUACAGGAUGACAUUAUAGAAAAUAUUUCCUUGUUUGGAAACUCCACUCCGAACGAACACCCUUGUAGUUCCAUUCCUGCUGGCACUCCUGUUGGUAAAUCAUUGAUUGAGUGCAAUGGGAUGAAUGCAACAACUCAGCUUGAAAGCCCUGGAGAAUCUACUAGUAUACGUGAUGUGGCUCAGUCGUUAAAUCAUCCCUACCAUUCAGUAUCAGCAGAUGAUGUUGUGCUUUCUAAGGAUGGUCCUUGCCCUUCAGGGCAAAUGGGUGGAGCCACCUAUUCUGGCUCUAGCAGAGGAAAAGACCAUAUAAAGGAUUUGGCCUCAAAAGACAACAGCACUUUGUCUUCUGAUGGUGUCCCAGAUUCCGAUAAUUCCUCAUCAGGCAAUUUUUCUCCAUGCAAAAACAUCAACACUCUUGCUGACUCUAUGGCUGUAUGUCUGUACCGCUGUUGCUCUGUCUGCAUGAGUUCACUCCAUGACGUGAUGCGAAAACUUCUCAUUCAUGAAACAGGUUUAAGUAAGAACAGCUGGAACGUAGAGGACGUUCAUGACAUGGUUGCAUCCUUGUCUGUGGAUCUUGUUUCAGCAGUUAGGCAAGAGUUUUCUAAUGUUAGCAGUUUAUUUGGUGAAAUUCAGGGGAAUUCGGUUCUAUGUCCAGAUGCAACCACAUGUGAUUGCAAUAGUCCAGGGUGUCGAUUGAGUGUUCUUGUGGAAUGUGCAUUCCACUCCACUGAAGGAGGCGUAAGCGAGUCAGUAAAUAACGACAGAUCGUCUCCGUUUGGACAGACUGUCGAAUUUGUCUUCAGAAAUGGUGUACUGAUAUCUACAAAUCACGACAGGGAUGUCGUCUGUCACUGUAAAUUGGAGAGUUUUUGCCUUUCUUCUCUAAUGGAGUUAAUGUUAUCUGCCAAGCAGUUGCCCAGGUGCCCAGGUGAGAAGAUGUUGGGGCUUGGCAGCAUAGAAGUAGCCUCUCUACUCUGUUCACUGGUGAAAUGUUACUUAUGAGAUUAAAUCAACCACAAUUUUGUCACAACUGAGAAUCAGUUUGAAAUGGUAGAUUAUUUUCUCAUAUGUG